UCCCUCCGAUCAGUCGCUGCAGUGAUGAACCGGCUGCCUGGACUCCACUUCUCCUCCUCCUCUUCCUCCUCCUCCUCCUCCUCCUCGUCCAGCAGGGACUCUGUGGGGGAAAAGCCGAGCAGAGCAUCGGCUGUAACCGACUCCUGGAGCUGGAUGUGAAGGGGACGGUCAUGAUCGACUGGCCCAAUGUGACAGAGUCCGGCUACCAGGAGCUGGACCUGAACCCAGAGGAGCUACAGAAGUCCAAAUGUGUCCUGGGCUUCAUCCCCGUCAUCUACUACAGUGUCCUGCUCUGUGUGGGAGUUCCAGUAAACGUCCUGACAGCGGUGGCGUUGUCCAGGCUGGCGAGUCGCACCAAGAAGGCCCUAUAUUAUUACCUCCUGGCAGUGACGGGAUCAGACAUCCUCUCACAGCUCUUCAUCAUCUUCGUCGGCUUCCUGCUGGAGACGGCGGUGUUUCACCGGGACGUCCCUGCACUCCUGCUGCACUCCGUCAGCGCCGCUGAGUUCGCCGCCAACCACGCCUCCAUCUGGUCCACUGUCCCCCUCACCGUGGACCGCUAUGUGGCGCUGUGCCACCCGUUGCUCCACCGGCAGAUCAGCUAUCCGGCUCGAGCCAGGAAGAUCAUCGCGGUGGUUCUGAUGUUAUCGCUCACAUCGGGCGUUCCAUUCUUCUGGUGGUCGGACAUGUGGAGGAACAGCCACCCGCCCACGGCACUGGACACUGUCCUCAUAUGGACACAUGUGACCAUCAUCUACUUCCUGCCCUGCAGCAUCUUCCUGGUGCUGAACUCAUUGAUAAUUCGCACUCUGAGGGCGAGGCAAGCUCUGCAGCGCUGCCAGGAGGACUGUGGGCCGAAGUCGGCGCCGCCUCGACGACUCGGUAAAACCACGGCGAUGCUGCUGGCCAUCACCUCGGUGUUCUCAGUGCUGUGGGCCCCCAGGACUGUGGUGGUCAUCUACCACCUGUACGUGUCCUCGGUGCACCGGGACUGGAGGGUCCACCUGGCCUACGACCUGUCCAACAUGCUGGCCAUGCUCAACACGGCCGUCAACUUCUUCCUGUACUGCUUCGUCAGCAAACCUUUCCGUGGUGCCGUUCGGGACGUGGUGCUGCUCCGAGGCGGACCAUUGUAUCCUCGCCGAGCGCUGCCUCAGCAGCAGGCGCCCACCAACGCCUCCAUCUCCUCGCUGUACAGUGGGAACAACAAGCGCUGGCAGCGGGAGUCCACCCCGCUGUCACCUCGCAGGGCCAGGAAGCCCUCGUGACCUCCUUUAAUCAGAACCACCGGCCGUCCCACGGCCCCGGAGCUCUGCGACCCCAGAGACCAGCGCUACGUUCCAGCAGCUCUCACAGGGCCUCAGAUGAACUCUGUGUUUUCUGUCUUGUAAAAUGUGACCUGCUGUUGUUUGUCCGUGUAAAUCAGAUCAGAUGACAGGCAGCAGAUUUAUUUUCUUUGAAAAUAAAAGAAGCUAUUUUUGCUUUUCCAUACAUGGUAGAAACGUGACACAAUAUUUUUCACAUUUUAAUUAGAAAGAAGGAAAAAAAUAACAGUUUGUUUUCUCUGUGAUUAAUCCUGUGGAAUAUGAAGGUUAUUUCAUCUGAAAUCACCUUGGGCUUCUGCUCACCCAGCUUUGAUUUGUUUAAAACUUUUGAUCAUAAACUAUGAAUAUUUAAAACGGUAUCUGUGAAAUUUUAGAUGAAUAUAUCAAAUACUUUCCAAGAUUGCUGCCUGUAGAUCCGCUUUUAGUGCGUUUUUUGAAACUUGAAGCUGUUUGAAUGACAAUAUUCCAGAAACUAAUAAAGAUAAAAGCCUAAAAUUUUCACAGUUAUUUCUCAUCACGUCACUGAUUCAGAAUCUGUGAUAUUGGACAAGUUGAUCAAAUAAUCUCUGAUUAUGGGUGAGUUGAAAUAUGAAAAAAAAAAACAUUAGGCUGGCGUGAAAAGUCCCAUUUUUGAGAUCAUGACAGCAAAAAAACCUGAAAAUGCAGAUGUCAAUUAGUGAUAUUUUCUGAAGUGUAUGUUGCUGUAUGUCACAAUAAUACAAAAUAAAACAUAUAAUGUACUUUUGCAGAUAAAA